GCAUCAGCUGUUUGCUGGCAUUUUUAGCACAUUUUACGCUGUCGACUUGCACAACAAAAUUUUCAGCCGCUUUGCAAUAAAUUACAAUUUUAACAAGUUUUCUAACAAAAUGCGUCUAACAAAUGUGCUGUUUAAGAAAGUGAAGAGCAAACGCAUUAUGGUUGUACUCGAGAGCGUGGUCAGCGGACAUCAGUUCAAUGCAUUCCGUGAUCGACUGGCCGAUAAGAUCGAGUUAAUUAAAUUCGAUCCAUACAUUCAAAAGGAGAGCUUGUAUCGUGAGCGCAAGAAAAUUCGCAGCGCCUAAAAUGGAAAUAGAAUAUUUAAAUUCUCCAGUUUUUCUUUGCUUUCUUUUGUUUUUUAAAUAUUUUUGUAGCUUAAGUUAAAUACAUAUUUGUUGUGUACAUAAGCCAGUAACAAAUUA